AAAAAUUUUGUAGAUGCUGCAGAGGAAGUCAAAUAUAAAGAAAAGUCUAUAGACACAUAUCAUUUACGUGAUUUUGCACACACCAGAUCAUGUGCUAAAUGCAAAACUUAUGAUUUUGAUUGA